AUGCGCGCAAUGUCCACAGAGUUCCAAGGAAAAGUCAUUGCCAUAACUGGCGCAGCCUCAGGUAUAGGUCUUGAGACAGCGAAACUCCUUGCAGCACGCGGUGCCAAAGUGUCGCUGGCUGAUAUAAGUGGUCCGGCGCUGGAGGAAGCCGUUGCCAGUAUUCAGAAUGCGGGAGGCGCAGCAACAUCCAAAGUCGUUGAUGUCGGAAAUCGAGAGGAAGUUGAAGCUUGGAUCACACAUACUGUCAAUCAUUACAACCAGAAAUUAGAUGGCGCAGUCAAUCUAGCCGGUGUUCUACCGAAGCAAGCCAUGAUCGCUGGCAUCGAAGAUAUUGACCAGGAAGAUUGGGACCGAGUGCUCGGAGUCAAUAUUAACGGAACUCUGAACUGCUUGAGAGCCGAACUCAAAGUUAUGAGCUCGAAAUCUAGCAUUGUGAAUGCAGCAAGUGUUGGAGGAAUCAAGGGCAUGGUAAAGAACGGAGCCUAUGUUACUUCAAAGCACGCUGUUGUCGGGCUUACGAGAGCGGCAGCUGCUGAAGGGGCAGAGAAAGGGAUCAGAGUCAAUGCUAUUGCGCCUGGUCCGAUCGACACACCAAUGUUGAAAAAGAAGGACGGAAUCUGGCCCAUGAUUCCGAUGAAACGAGCUGGUCAGGCUCGCGAGGUUGCAGAACUGAUUGCUUGGCUGUUAUGUGAUGGCUCAACAUACAUCACAGGCACUAUUCAAGUGAUAGAUGGUGGGUGGUCCGGUUGA